AUGUUUAGGGGUGCAUGUCAUCCCAGUGUUCUUGUCUCCUCUUCUUCAUGUGUCCUCCUCCUCCUCGUGGUGGGGGGCGUCGGGGCUCUGGAGGUCUCCACGGGGAAGGUGUCCACAGUGGAGGCCAUCAAUGGCUCCACGGUGCUGCUGCCCUGCACCUACUCCUCCUGCAUCGGCAUCAAGAACCUGUACUUCAACUGGCACUACGACGACAACGGGACCAUGCUGAAGCUGUGUGAAGCAGUCAUCCCCAUGGAGGGCGUGGAGCCCAAGGUGAGCGUGUUCCAUGAGCGCGUGGAGUUCGUUGGCUCCUCCAAGAGCAACAACAUCUCCAUCCUGCUGUGGAACAUCACCUUCGAGGACCAGGGCGCCUACCUGUGCUUCGCCCGCAACGAGAAGGAGAAGUUCCGCAACCACACGGCCGUCUUCACGCUGCUGGUGGUGGACCAGAUCAAGGAGCUGGACAAGUCGCUGACCGUGAUCAUCGUGUCCGUGCUGGGCGCCGUCAUCGGCUUCAGCAUCAUCUUCAUGGUCAUCAAGGGCCUGGUGGUCCACUUCCUGCUGAGUGGGGACGAGAAGACCAAAGAGUGCCUGGUGAGCUCAGGGAUUGACAACACAGAAAAUGGAGUCUCAGGAGCCAGAGCCGACAGCAAGGCGCCGCCGAAGGCCUGAGGAGGCCCGGUUCCAACCAAGCCGCGGCCCGGGGGUUGGGGACCCCUGCUUUAGAUGAUGCUGUUCAUUGUUUACAAUGUGUUCCCCUGACCUCACCCUGACCCCUGAGCCCUGAGCCAACAUGUUAUCGACAUGACAACAAGAGGGGUGAUGUGUGUAUGUUUACACGACCUGUCUGAGGAUCGAUGUUCCACGUGAAUCCUUUGUGAGAGUCCGUGGUCCUGUCACCAUGACGACCACGAUGCUGCCAGAGCGGCCGGAACUCACACUGCCAAUCCACGAGUGUCCGGCCCACAGAGGUCCCGCUCGGCUCCCAGCAGCUCGGUACCGAACAAGGACUUCUGGACUACUUCUGUAUUUCUAGCAACUGAAACUCACACUGCCAAGCCAAGAGUCUGACGUCUGCUCCGCUCCCACAUUCCACAGCGGUCAGAGAGCCGCUGAGCAGCGUCCAGCUUGCUCCUGAUUCCGGGGCCGUGUGGCCGUGUUGGCACCAACGCAGCUGAGCUCCUUGUCACAAUUAA